AUGGCUGAAUCCAGGAGAGUUCAACUGACCACUCUGAGCCAGGAUGGGCCUCCACCCUCGGCCGGUUCGACCUCGCUCCACCAGUGUCCCUCUGGGGCUCCGCAGGGGGAAGAGAAGCGCUCAGACCCCGACACGGUGCGCCUCGUCCUGACCCUGAUUGAGCCCGACGAGCGGAGCUUCCCAGAGUUCAGCUACAAUCAGCUCAUUGAUGUCAAGAUCAAUCAAUCCAAAGCUAAAGUUCCUCUGAGCAGACUUGAAGAGGAAGAAAAGAGAGAAAGUGAUGAAGUUGCUGCCAUCGCAAGAAAGUUCGAAGAAAAAUAUGGCGACAAACCUAAGAAGAAAAAGGAUCGCAUUCAGGACUUGAUAGAUAUCGGUUAUGGUUAUGAUGAAGAGGAUUCUUUCAUUGACAACUCUGAGGCUUACGAUGAGUUUGUGCCGGCCUCCAUUACAACCAAGUUUGGUGGGUUCUAUGUGAAUUCGGGCAUGCUGCAGUUCCGCCAGACUUCUGACACUGAAACUGACGACGUCACAGCAGAGGAGAAAACACUUGACCUCACAAAAAAACGUAAACUCAGUGGUGGGCAGGAUAAGCCCAAGAAGAAGAAGUGUGGAGCAGGCGAAGAGAAGAAAAACAAUAUGGAUCCUAAGUUAAGGACUUUGUCUAAAACUAGGCCGGACAAAGAGAUGAAGGUCAGAAGGAAGAAAAGAGCUGCUAAGACGUUGAGCGUCACCAGCAUGCUGAAGAAGUUUCAAAAAGAAAAGGAAAGGGAACGACAGAAGAUGGAGAAAGCCCAUCAGAGGGCAUCUAGGAUUAUGGGUGCAACCACAUUCCCUGUGUUCCCGGCAGAUGCAGCCGGAGGUGGAGGCUCGGGACAGACGGACCCUCUCCUCACUUUGAUCGGCUCAACCAACGACCACGCUCUCAUCCAAGCAGCCAGCACACUGGACUUUGAUAUUGAUUUGGAUUCUUUAUUAGAUGUCAGUGAAGAGACUUCAUCGCAAAAAUCACUUCCUCAACCUGCCGCAGAGACGCAGCGAAUCCAGAUCAAAACAGACGAUCAUAUUUCUGAUGCUAAAGCCCAGACUUCAAACACAAACUCUCAGCUGAAGCCUCAUCCAGAGCAAAUCCAGCUUCUGUCAGAAGUCAGUUCUGCAUCAGCACAUCAGUGUGUCCCCCUGCCAGAGGGACUCCCCCCGGGACUAGAAGAGAGCAUCAGAAAACUCACAGUGGCUGCCAAGACCUCAGAGGGAGAGUCAAAACUCAAGUUCUUCAAUCCAGAUAUCAACUCAAUCCUUCUGGACAUUGAGCUGCAGUGUCGGGAGCAGGGCGGUCAGCUGCGCUCCAAGGUCUACACACACCUGUCGUCCUUCCUGCCCUGCAGCAGAGAUACACUCCUCAAACGUGUCAAGAAACUGGCAAUCACACAUGUGGAGCCCCCUGCGGUGGAAGAUCCAAUGCAGAAACUGAAGGAGACCAUUGGAAGAUCAAUGCCCGAGCAAAUUGCGUGUUUCCAUGAAAACUGCCAAGCGUAUGAACAAACAAAGACUGCGAAGGCAACAGAAGAGGACAAUGUGGAGGAGAAAGCUGGGAAAAGAGGAGGUCCGAGGAAGUUCUUCAAGUGGAAUGAAGACGUCAGGGAGUGCUUGGCUCACGUGUUCAAAGAAAAAAUCGACAAAUAUAAAAAGGAAAGAAAAGAGGGCCAGGAGAUGGAAGACUACCUCAAGACCUUUAUAGACAAUGAGGUCAAGCCACUUUGGCCAAAAGGAUGGAUGCAGUCCAGCGUGCUGUUAAGGGAGAGCAAGAAAAUGUUAGGUGCCUUUAUGUCAUUACCAGUGAAAAAGGCCAAGUCUGACAAGAGGCAGUCCUCCAUGAAUGGCGCUUCCACUUUGCCAGAUGGCUGCGGCAGUUUUCAGGGAGCUCCGUCACUUUCAGGGGAACUCAGCCGAGGAACAGAGCAAGUCUUUACUGAAGACUUCAAUAUAUCCAGUUCUGUACCACCUGGUGUUGUACAGAACGAUGGUGUUGCCUCGAGAAAGGAUGCAGUUAAAGUGUUGGACUUGGAUGUGGGUUUUGCUUCACCUACAGAUUCAGACGGACCUGUAGUCAACGCCACAUCAGCGCCUACUCACUCACUCCUGGACAUCCUCGCCGAUCAAGCACUGGCUCGAGAGCAACCUUUUGUACUUUCCCAGGAGCUCCUAGCAGAGGCUGUUGCAAAAUACAGGCAUGCAGUUCAGCACUGGAGCUUCAGUGUGGACAGCAAAAGUUCGCCUGUGGUUCCUCCACCUCCUCAGUCCAGCCCGGUCAGUUUCCCAGUGAGCAGAGCUCGUCCGGUUGCUUUGCCUCGGCUGCUGCUGGCUGGAGACGCCAGACAUGUGGACGCUGAUGGAGUGCAGAUCAUUUCAGAUGACGACGAUGACAUUAUCAUACAAUGA